AUGAACGUUGACCUCUCAGGCUUCUCCUACUACGCCAAGGCCACAUCACUCACGCCGGAAUACUAUCAGACGUUAUUGGAUCAUUACUGGAGGCGUUCGGGAACUACUCUGUAUCGGCCAGACCAACUCCACGCGUGCUGUGUUCACUACACUCUGCGCCUCGACUCCACUCAGUUCAAGCCAACCCGGGAUCAGCGCCAAACGGUCAACCGUUUCAACAAGUACGUGACUGGCGAGGCUUAUACGACGGAAGCGGCCCGCCUCCACCCUCGGUCACGCGAGCAGGCCAAGAAACGGGAUGCAGAGUUUGACCUGAUCGAGAGGAUCCAUGAAGCGGAGCAUGAGACCCUGCAGGUACCGCCCGAACCCGCUCACAAGUUUACUGUAACUUUGGAGGAAGAUGACUUCACCGAGGAGAAAUACAUCGUGUACGAGAACUAUCAACGUAUCGUGCACAAGGAGGGCCCCGCAGACAUCACAAGGCGUGGGUUCAGGCGCUUCCUUUGCGAGUCUCCUGUUCAACGCAAAACCGUCAAGACGGCCGACGGCAAGGACCAGGUUCUGGGCUCGUUCCACCAAUGCUACCGGCUGGAUGGCAAGUUGGUGGCUAUCGGUGUAUUGGAUCUGCUUCCUCACUGCGUCAGCGCCGUAUACUUUCUCUACCACGAGUCUAUCCACAAGCACGCUCCUGGAAAGCUCGGUGCCAUUCGCGAGAUCGCUUUGGCUCGGGAGGCUGGAUAUCGUUACUGGUACCCAGGUUUCUACAUCCAUACCUGCCCGAAGAUGCGAUACAAGAUGGACUACAACCCUCAGUACAUCUUGGACCCAGAGACACUGACAUGGGACCCCAUGGACAAACGCGUGAUGGAUUUGCUCGACAAAAAGGCUUACCUGAGUCUUUCCAGGGAAGCAAAGGGACGCCCGUCGGCUGAAGGCCAAGGUCGGGGGUCUGCAAAAGGGAAUGACGGUGGUGAAGCGAAAGUCAGCUCUGAUAGCAUGGAUGAGGACAACGACAAACUUGAUAAUGAAAACGACGACGAUGAUGACGACAACGACGACGACGAUGAUUAUGGUGAAGACGACACAUUUUUGUUCAACACCGGCAUGCCAGGCAUCAUGACACUGGACGAGAUUCGUGCUUUGAUCGAGAUGGACCACCUUAAGCUACGCAUAGACGGGUCCGGUAUACUCUUUGAGACGGGCGACCUAGUGGCAUGGCAUCGCCAGGACAUCGGAACGAGUGGCUGUCUGAAGGCCGGCAUUGCAGAAUUGAUUGCGGCCCUUGGGCCUGAUCUGCUGGAAGGACUUGUCAUCGACUUCUGGAAUCCGAAUUUCUAG